AUGCAUUUUAAAAAUCGUAUUUUAACGAAAAAACGUGUAAAAAGUGAGAAAAAUGGUAGUUUUCUGUGUGUUUGCAAACUGCUGUAUUGUCGUAUAAUUUGCAAGUAUUUCAAAAUCCUUAGAUUAUUGUCCUCAAUCCUGAAGUCAUUUAAUGAGUUUAUGCAUUCCAGUUAUGUUAAGCAGAAAACAUGUUUGUGGGGUUGA